AUGACGCCCUCUGAGAUUGAUUUUGUCUUGCUGCGGCUCUGCCGCGUGGGUGCCCCCAAGGAUUUCAUCUUGCUCCUGCGCUUGAUCUCGUAUCUUUCCUACUCCUCUGCUUCAGUUGAGUGGGACAUAAUAGAUCUGUUCUCAGGAAAAGCCCGGGUGUCUAAAUGGGGGCGUCGAGCAGGACUCAGGUGUGCUUCCUACGACAUUGCCUACAACGACCCCAAAAGUACGAAGAGAAGCAAGCAUAACAACCAGAAGCGCCGAUCGAGCAUGGACAUCAAUGGGGAAGCAGGCUUUGCGCUCGCUUGCCUCCUCUGCCUUCAAGGCAAGUAUGGCCGCCUACUACUGAUGCUCGGAACGGUUUGUUCUUCUUGGGUGAGUGUCAAUGCCGGGACUUCUGGACGUACGAUGGCCACGCCAAGUGGCUGUCUGGAGUACCCUUCAGUGUGCUCCGGAAAUCGGAUGGUUGCGAGGCUUAUGUCAUAA